GCAACCGCAACUUGUGCUUCGUCCACAUCCAACAUAUAGCAUGGGAGGUGGAGCACGGUACCCUUAUCCCAAACACGUCUGGUCUCCAGCCGGAGGCUGGUGGGCGCGCCCCUCAAACUGGAAGACGAACACUGCCAUCACCGCUGGCGGAAUUGCGGCCAUCGUGCUUGCGACAUGGAACAUUAGCAAGGACAAGGAAUGGAGAGACGUGGAACCUUCGAAGCCCAUUCCGUCCAUGAACUGGACUAAACAAUAUAAGGAUAGGGCGAAGUCGAGCGAUUCAUGAGUUGUACCAUGUUCGCAACAUUGCGAUCAUAGACUCGAGUAAACACGUUGACCUGUUCACUGCGCCGAAGCCGAAGAUGCGAACGGCCGGGCAUAUCUCGCUACGGCUCGAACAUGUUACUGUCCCUUGACUCACAUCGGUAACCCGACGUGAAGCUGAAUACUCUCCUCAACCACAGGGCCCUGGAGAUUGUGAUUGCCAAAGGUUGACCUCAGCGAGAGUGGAGCAGAGACUCCUGUAUCUUGGCUGUGACGCCCCUUGUCCGGAUAUUGAAUCUUCGGCAAGUACAAAGUCGUUGCUCACUUGUGUUGGUGUGCACGUCGCUGUGAUAUAGCUACGGACUUGGUCUUCUUACAGAUGCGCUGACGUUGCAUUGUCGUUCGUUCUUCGAGAGGGAUGCUUACUAGAGCUCGGCCCGGUCUUCCUGACUUCGCUUUUAGACUGGUUUCGCGCGUUUAUCCGCUCAAGCGACCGAACAUCUAGAUGGACC